UAUCAGGUAGGGAUUUCAUGGGCUUCACGAAACCGGCUUUUUUCAAACCGAACCUUGACCCGAGAAAUUUUCCACAGCCUAUUCCAAAAUCCGGUCCAACUUUUUUCUCAACUAGUAACAUUUCCAUUAUCAAAUAAGCUCAGUAGUCAAUCAAGUUUUACAUCUACCUAAAAUAAUUUUGGGUACUCGAAUUCGAGUCCUGUCUAUAUUUUUAUUUUUUAUAGGCCAUUUUUCCUUGAUCACAUUGUUGCACUUAGAAGAAUGAGAAAUCAACAAAAUGCAAAGAAAAUGGCUUUAGAUGUAAAUAAUUUAAGUGCUCUCCCAUUAAAAGAUAGAAUUCGUUCUGAUACUUUUCUUGGUUCAAAAAUGUCACUUCGAGCAACAGAUCGAACAGAUUCUGCAGGCGUUGGAGGAAUCUCAACAAAUGUUAAUGAAAUUAGCCAUUUUUCCCCUUCUUUUGAUUUAUUUGCAAAUAUAAAUCCACGAAUUUUACGUCGAAUAGUUAACAGUAUAGCUUUGACUGGAAGAUUACUUAGAGUUUUUGAAGUUGAAUUUAAUUGGUGGCAAGUAUAUGCUUGGGUUUCUUUAAUUGAACAGUGGCCGUGGAGAAUGUGUUGGUUAAUUGAUGUUGCUUGUAGUUUACAGGAUGAUUCUCUUCUCCUUUACGAACUUUACUGCCAAUUGAAAAGUAGAAUUUCUAUUCGAGAAGGGAUGGAAGAUUUGGAUAGAAAUAGCUCCGAAUUUGAAUCAGUUUUUAGAAAAUUAUGUGCUGGAAAACAAAAUCAAGUUUAUAAAAAGUUUUUUUUCGCAAAAAAUUUUUUUAAGUUGACUGUUGGACAUGCAAGAUCAUUUGCCCCAUGUACUUCAAAUUUAGAUCCUUAUAUGAGAAGAUUAAUAAGAGAACAAAGAGGAGGAGAACCUUUAGUUGAUUUAGCAGAAGAAACAGAAGAACAAGAAAAGGGUGGUGGAGGGAGUAGUCAUGACCCUUUUGGACCUUUAAAAGAAUUGUUGGGGGCUGAAGCUGAAUUUCUUUUUGAUGAUCCGUUGGUGUGGGCAAGUAUUUCAAAACCUCUUGCGAGGAUGUCUGUUGGGGAAAUUGAUGCUUUAAUGAAAAGAUUAAAUAUUUCUAAAGAUAAGGUUCAGCAUGUUGGUGAAAAAUUAAUUAAACACAAUCUAAAUGGUUUGGCUUUACAUUCUUGCAAUUUGGAGGAAUUAAGAAUUGUUUUAAAUCUUCCACUUGGUGAUUGGACUCUUUUUCAAUUAUUCAUAACUUGUAUGAGAAAAUGGAAACCAUUUAUUACUCAAUCAUUAACUGCUACACUUGGAGGGAGUAAUUCUGCUACAACAACAACAACAGAAAAUACAGAAUGUAAAAGUCCAAGUGAAAGACCAACACCUUUAAGAAGUAUAAUUGAAGAAGAUGGUGCUCAAUCAACACCUUUAUCUAUAUUAGAAAGAGAGAAAUCACCAAAUGAAGGAGAAAGAGGAGGUGGAGGAGAAGAAGAUAAUGAUGAUGAUAAUGAUGAAGAUACAAAUAGUGUUGCUUCUGUAGCUGGUUCUGAACAUUGUCUUUUAAAAACAUCAAAUGCACCUCUUAUGGAAUGA